CAGAACAGAAGAACUACAGAACAGAAUCAUGGCUCUUCCACCUCACGAUGAACUCAAAAGACCACAACAAUACCCACUAGACUCCAACGCAUACAAGAUCGUCGACGAGAUCGGCGUCGGCGUCAGCGCCGUGGUAUACAGAGCACUCUGCAUCCCCAUGAACUCCACCGUGGUGGCCAUCAAGUCCAUCAACCUCGACCAGUCUCGAGCCGAUUUCGACACCAUCCGCCGCGAGAUCAAGACGAUGAGCCUCCUCUCCCACCCCAACAUCCUCGAGUCCCACUGCUCCUUCACCGUGGACCGCUGCCUCUGGGUGGUGAUGCCGUUCAUGUCGGCGGGGUCGCUCCACUCCAUCAUCUCCACGGCUUUCCCCGACGGCCUCUCCGAGCCCUGCAUUGCCGUGGUGCUCAAGGAAACCCUCCGCGCCUUAUCCUACCUCCACAACCAGGGCCACCUCCAUCGCGACAUCAAAGCCGGGAACAUCCUCAUGGACUCAGCGGGCCACGUCAAGCUAGCAGACUUCGGCGUCUCCGCUUCCGUCUACGAGCCCAACAACAACAACUGGGCCCACGGCAGUGGUGGGCUGACGGACAUGGCCGGGACACCCUACUGGAUGGCGCCAGAGGUGAUCCACUCCCACAACGGCUACAGCUUCAAGGCCGACAUUUGGUCCUUCGGCAUAACCGCGCUGGAGCUCGCCUACGGCUGCCCGCCAAUGUCCCACCUCCCGCCGUCCAAAUCCUUGUUGAUGAAGAUCACCAAACGGUUCCACUUCGCCGACUUCUACGAGAAGGGUGACAAGAAGAAGAAGAAGUUGUCGAAAAGUUUCAAGGACAUGGUGGCGAGCUGCCUGAAUCAGGACCCUGGGAAGAGGCCGUCUGCUGAUAAGCUUCUGAAGCAGUGUUCGUUUUUCAGGAACUGUAAAGGGCCAGAUUUUCUGGUGAGGAAUGUGCUUUCCGGGUUGCCUAGCGUGGAAAAUAGGUACAAAUGUCAGCCUAAGGAGGACGAGGAUCACAAUAAUAAUGUCAAGGUUAGGAGGAUCAGUGGGUGGAACUUCAAUUUGGACGGGUUGAAGGUUGAACCUGUUUACCCGACCGAGUUGGACCGGUCGACGACGAGUGACGAUCAUUCCGGUGGGAUCAGUAGUGGCAGUGGUAGUGAGAUGAGCUGGCCGGCGGCCGCGUCAGGGAUCGGGGAAGAUGGGGUGGAUAGAGGGGCGAUGGUGGGGAGCUUGGUGGUGCUGAGGAAGAGUUUGGAUGAUCAGAGGGAGAAGGUUGUGAAUUUGAUUGGGUUGUUGGGGGGAGGGGAAGUUGGCUUGUUGAGCAAGGAAGAGCAGCUGGCAGAAGCCAACGAGAGGUUGCAGCUGGAGCUGGAAAGUGAGAAGCAAAGGAGUCUGGAGUUGGAGAUGGAGCUUGGGUUUCUUAAGCUCCUUGUUUCUGGCGCGUAUGAUGAUGGUGCUCGGUAA